GUCUGUCUUCCGAACAUUCUCAGAACACCACCUCCACCACCACCAAACCUCAACUCAGCACCGAUCCCCCAGAGACAGAAAAAAGAAAGAGAGAGAGAGGAAACACCACCAAAAUGCGCACCCUCUCCCCGGUCCUCGCCUCCCUGGCAUCGGUCUUCCGCAUCCCAAUGACCCGCCCAACCCUCACCAGCAACACCAUCACCAACACCCUCCGCCAAUCCCAACUCCAGCCUCAAUCCCAAUUCAGCACAACCACCUCGCUCCAAAAGAGAAAAGAGUCCGGAUUCCGCGGCGACCGCAGAAUCACAUUGAUCCGCUACUUCCUCCACCACCCACUCACUCCCCGUCCCCUUCGAUUCUCCCGCACUCGCUUCCUCCGCCACUGGACGAUCCACCGCGCCUGGAACCUGUACCAGGGGCAGCAGCGACGGAAGCACGAGCUGGAGCUGCAGAGACAGUGGCAGGCGAUGCAGGCUGCGUGUGAGGAAUUGCGCACGGGUGCUGGAGACGGUGGAAAGCUGUUCCGGAAGAGUAUGAUCAAGACGGGUGUGUUUAGGGAUUUGGUUCCUAUUGAGUAUGCGCGGUUGCAGACGGAGGGGCCGAGUAGGGAGGGGUGGAAUCAUGAGUGGAAGAGGGAUUAGAGAGAUUUUACGAUUUUCUCCGGAGGAGGGGAAUCUAUGGGAGGAGACUUAAGGGGAAGGGAGGUUCUCCGAAGGAGAAGGAUGGGGUGUAGGGAAGGAAGAUGAGAUGAGAUUGGGAUAGAAAAUAGAGUGGAUUAGUUGAUGAGGGUAUGGAUGGAUGGAUGGAUGGAUGGGUUUGUGUUAUAUUAUUGUUAUGUAUGUGUCUCUGUUUUGUUUGUAUAAUAUGUUACUAUAUUAUGGGUUGGUUCUUGGUAACUACUGCAUACUGCAUACUGUGUACUGUGUAUCUACUGGAGAGUCUGGAGUGGUGUAGACUGG